GAAAUUAAGCAAAACGAUGCUUCUACCUUUCUUGGAAGCGAAUAUCCACCAUGAUCGCUCCCCUAAAAAGAUGUUGAGGGAAGGCGCAUUAGUACAAGUAGAAAAGCCAUGUGAGAGAAGGUGCUGAAAGGUGGUCAUCUUUUUCUUUCCCUUUUUUGGAACGAACUGUAAGAUUCCGAGCUCGCAAUCAUGUGCCAUGGCGCCUGACGAAGCCCCUAAAAUCCAUCUCAAAGUCCCAAUUUCUCUCUCGAAGUUUAGGAAAAUAAGCAAAUACUCCUCCAUGUUAGUAAAAACUCAUCCCACCAAACUCUACAUCACUCUCCCACUUGAAGUGUUCCCUUCAGCCGUCCAUUUCUCACAUAUGCCUUGUACCCCAAAACCCUCCAACCAACCAAUAACCCUGACCAAGCAAGCCUUUAGUACCCUCUUGAAGUCAUGUUCUUCAAGCCAAAACCAGCUCAAACAACUCCAUGCACUUCUCCUUACAACAGGCCUAUCAAUCAAGAACAGCUUUAUUACCCAUCUUCUUAUCAAUUUUACGCUCUUGGGUGAUAUGUCCUAUGCUCGUCAACUAUUCGAUGAAAUGCACAAGCCGCGAAUAUUCUUAUGGAACACCCUCAUUAAGGGAUACGUGAAAAAUGAACUUCCCAUGGAAGCAUCUUCGAUUUAUAGACAAAUGCACUUUCUUGGUGUUCGUCCUGAUCCCUUUACGUAUCCAUUUGUGGUCAAGGCAUGUGCCAAACUGCCUGAACUGUGGACUGGUGGGGCAGUCCAUGUCCAUGUGAUGAAAUAUGGAUUGGAGUUUGUUUCUAUGGUGAGGACUGAGUUGAUGAUAAUGUAUAUGAAAUUCGGGGAGCUGGGUAGUGCAGAUUUUUUGUUUCAGAGUAUGGUAGAGAGGGAUCUAGUGGCGUGGAAUGCUUUAAUUGCAGCCUGCGUGCAAAAUGGACAUGCUAGUAAAGCUCUUGGGUUCUUUCGCCGAAUGGGUGUUGCUGGAAUUAAGCCUGAUGCAGUUACAAUUGUGAGUGCUCUUUCAGCUUGUGGUCAAUUAGGUUGUUUGGAGAUUGGGGAGGAAAUUUAUGGAGUGGCCAGAAAUGAAGGGAUUGAUUGCAAUAUGAUUGUUGAAAAUGCACGGCUUGACAUGUAUGUGAAAUGUGGUAGCAUUGACAUUGCAAGGGCCUUGUUUAUAAACAUGCCUCAAAAGAAUGUCAUUUCAUGGAGUACUAUGAUUUUGGGUUAUGCCAUCAAUGGGGAGAGUGAAAAGGCACUGGCUUUGUUCUCUAGGAUGCAAAAUGAGGGAUUCCAACCAAACCAUGUUACCUAUUUAGGGGUUCUAUCUGCUUGUAGCCAUGCUGGGCUAGUAAAUGAAGGCUGGGCAUAUUUCGGCCGUAUGGCUCGAUCAAGUGAGAAGAAUUUUCAACCAAGAAAAGAGCACUAUGCUUGUAUGGUUGACCUUCUUGGUCGGUCAGGGCAUCUUGAGGAGGCGUAUAACUUCAUUAAAAGUAUGCCCAUAGAGCCAGAUGCAGGAGUCUGGGGGGCUUUAUUGGGUGCCUGUGCAAUUCAUCAUGAUGUCAAAUUAGGGCAGCAUGUAGCAGACUUGCUCUUUCAAGUAGCUGCUGACAGUGCUUCAUAUCACGUUUUAAUGUCUAACAUGUAUGCAGCUGCUGGGAGGUGGGAUUUUGUCGACAAGGUGAGACAGAGAAUGCGAAAGAAAGGCAUUAAAAAGGUAGCUGGUUAUAGUGCAGUUGAAUUCAAUAGCGAUUUUCAUGUUUUCUACGGGGGAGAUAGAUCGCAUGGACAGUCAGCCUUAAUAUACGAGAAGUUAGGGGAUUUAUUUGAACAGAUAAAGAGUAUGGGCUACAUUCCCAAAACUGGUUCUGUGUUCCAUGAUGUAGAAACAGAGGAAAAGGAAGUCACAGUCGGGAGUCAUAGUGAAAAACUUGCUAUUGCAUUUGGUCUCAUCAAUAUUCGGCCUGGAUAUCCCAUCAGGGUGAUGAAGAAUUUGAGAACUUGCGAUGACUGCCAUACUUUUUCCAAGUUCGUCUCCAAAGUCACAACGAGGGAGAUUAUUCUGAGAGAUAAGAUUCGUUUUCAUCAUUUUAGAAAUGGGGUUUGUUCAUGCAAAGACUUUUGGUGAUUAUUGCAUAAGU